AUGGCUUGGCCCGCCGACCAAUCCAGCUGGAAUCAGGGCAAUAUCUACUUCGGGUACCAUUCAGCAGAUCCCUCGCCCUCAGUCCCUCUCCCCCAGCUUCCUGGGCUUAGUUGGGAAUUACCUGCGGAUGGGGUGCAUCCUUGGGGAUGCUAUCCCCCCGACUGUGUCUCCUGCCGUGUCAUGUCAGCCAGCGUUCCCAGUCCCCGGGUCGUGGCUAGCGGCCCGAACCCCGACCGUUCAGACCAUUCCGAUCCGACCGGCACCAUCUCCACCUCCCACCAGCCUUCGGUGGAAGGCAGCGUUCACCAGGAACCAAAGUCUCAGUCUCAGACGAAGAAGAAAAAUACAAGACAAACACCCGACCAUCUUUCGGGUGCUCCCCUGCAAUGCAAGUGGGAAGGUUGCCGCUAUUCGGGCUAUUUCAACCGUGAGCACGAGCUUAUCCGUCACCUUCGGAAAAUUCAUAUCGCUCCCCUGGCACAUCCCUGCCCUGUGGAAAACUGUACCAAAGUGUGUAACCGGGGAGACAAUUUACUACAGCACAUGAAGAACCGUCAUGGGCUCGGCUAG